AUGAAGAUCAAAACUAUAAGCAGGAGUGCUGAUGAUUAUGUUCCAGUGAAGAGUACUCAAGAAUCUCAACUGCCACGUAACUUGGAUCCCGCGCUCCACCCAUUUGAAAGAGCACGGGAAUAUACUAAGGCGCUGAACGCCACUAAAUUAGAAAGGAUGUUCGCUAAGCCAUUUGUCGGACAGCUUGGAUAUGGUCAUCGGGAUGGGGUUUAUGUUAUUGCAAAGAAUUACCAUGUUUUGAAUAAAUUAGCCACGGCAUCGGCUGAUGGCAUUAUCAAGUAUUGGAAUAUGUCGACUCGAGAAGAGAUAUGCUCCUAUAAGGCACAUUAUGGGCUUGUGACAGGUCUUUGUGUAAGUCCACAGCAUUUGUCGAAACAUUCUAAGGAUAAUUAUAUGCUUUCUUGUGGAGAUGAUCGAACUGUCAAAUUGUGGUCAGCAAACACAGAUGACUUUUCAGGCAACGAAAAUGAUAAGCUGGAUUCAGGCAAGGGCUUACUAAAAACGUUUCAUGGUGAAUAUGCGUUUCAGGGCCUAGACCAUCAUAGAGAGAAGUCAAAUUUUGUUACUGGCGGUGCAGAGAUACAGCUUUGGGAUACAAGUAGAACAAAGCCGUUAACAAAUCUGUCAUGGGGUGCUGACAAUGUUACGUCCGUCAAAUUCAAUCAAAAUGAGACUGAUAUCCUUGCUAGCACUGGUAGCGAUAACUCUAUUGUCUUGUACGAUUUAAGAACGAAUUCUCCUACUCAGAAAUUUGUUCAAAGAAUGAGAACAAACGCAAUUUGUUGGAAUCCUAUGGAAGCCUAUAAUUUUGCAGUUGCUAACGAGGAUCAUAACGCAUAUUACUAUGACAUGAGAAAUCUUUCUCGCGCGCUACAUGUGUACAAAGAUCAUGUUAGCGCAGUUAUGGAUGUCGACUUUUCUCCAACUGGUGAGGAAAUUGUUACCGGCUCAUAUGAUAAGACAAUCAGGAUUUUCAAUGUAAAGCACGGUCACUCCAGGGAAAUCUAUCACACAAAGAGAAUGCAGCAUGUGUUCCAGGUGAAAUACACCAUGGAUAGCAAGUAUAUUGUAAGUGGCUCUGAUGAUGGUAAUGUUAGACUGUGGAGAGCUAGCGCUUGGGAGAGGUCCUCAGUGAAGACUACUCGUGAGAAGAACAAAUUAGAAUACGAUGAAAAACUCAAAGAAAGAUUCAAGAAUAUGCCCGAAAUCAAAAGAAUUAGUAGACAUAGGCAUGUUCCUAAAGUUAUUAAAAAGGCUCAAGAAAUUAAAAAAGUUGAGCUGGAUAGCUUGAAGAGAAGAGAAACUAAUGAGAGAAAAACCCGAAAGGAUAUGCCAUUUGUGCCUGAGAGAAAAAAACAAAUCGUAGGUGUAGUCCACAAGUAUGACGGGAAAAGAAAAAUGAAUACCGACAAUGACAAUGACGACGAUAAUUAA